AUGCCGCCUACAAGCCAGGAGCUUUCACUACUCAUAAAUCCCCUCGUCCCAGAAUCAGUCACUCAUAACAACCGGAUACUCGCAAACCUACAUUCCCUCAUAGCCUUCCUACUAGGCACCGCCGCCGGCAUUCUCGGCCUCCAGUCCGCUUACGGCUUCACAUUCUACCUGCUAGGCACCAUAUUUGUUUCCUUCCUUGCCAACGCCCUUCUAGUGAAAGACAACACACCCAGAACAGCAGAGAAAAGUACGAACAAAGGCAUUUCCGGCGUCGGUGCCUACUUUCCGGGCGAUGGGGAACUGGUCCCCGCAAGUGGUGGUGGCUAUGUGAGGAAGGGAGCCUGGAAGGAUCUCUGGUUCAGCGGACUUGUUGCUACGGAGGCUAUUAGCGGGUUUGUUCUUGGAUGGGCUGGUGUGGGCGGUAUUUUGAGAUAG